GCCCCGGCCCGGCCCCACGGCCGCUCCCGCUCCCGGCGCCCAGCACCCACGGAAGGGAGCGAGGGAGGGGCGGCGGGGCCGCGCCGGCUCCUGCCCUCGGCUAGUGCUUGAUGGCCACAGCAGGGCACUAAACAAUAUUAGAAAACAACCCCAGCAUUAAGACUUACAAUUUCCACACGACCGGCUGAAAAAGCAGUUGUCACUGCCUUCCUGGUGCAGCAUGGCGUUUGGACCUGGUGUUCUCUGCCUGUUCCUGUGGACAAUAACAGGUUCCAGUUGUGAGCAGUGCAGAGAAGGAGCCACGUACUCAGGUGCAGUAAUAUCUCCCAACUUAGAAACCACUAAAAUCAUGCGAGUUCCUCACGCUUUGUCAGUGUCCGACUGCAUUGCAGCCUGUUGUGACCUCUCUGGGUGUGACCUGUCCUGGAUGUUUGAGCGGCGCUGUUACAUCGUGAACUGCCAACACAAGGACAAUUGUGAACCGAAAAAAAUUGAAACUGUGAAAUCCUACCUUGUCUUUGUGCUGAGGCCUUCUCAGAGGCCAGCCCCACUGCUAGGGUUUGGGCAAGUGAUCCCAAGCAUGGUCCACUCUGUGGGACUCCAGAAUGAUCCAUCAGAGGAAGUGAGUAGCCUGAAGAAGCUGUCUCUGCUUGGAAAAGAACACAGCCUUGAGGAGAUACCUGAAUACAUUGAUGAUUAUAAAGAGUUGGAACAGGACCCCUUUCAGGUGGGUGUCAAACAUGAGCAGAAGGACAGUGUGGAUUAUGCUGACUGGGGCCUGAUGGUGGCAGGUGAAAAUGGCUUCAAUACUUCCACGGAUGAUGAUAGAGAUAAGCAGGAAGAUUUUGCUGAAAAGAAAGGGAAGGCUGGGAAGGUGGACAGCUUUCUGAAUAAAAACAGCUCUGAAGUGACUUCCAUCAAUGAACACUCCACAGAGAGGUCAUCCCUUCCAGAGAUUACACCACUGCCUGGGAUGACAUUUGAAAGGGAAGCAGCUGUUCCACUUCUUGCACAACCUGAGGAUGCUUUGCAAAAAGAGGCUGCUUCACCUUCCUCUUCUUCAGAUAAACCAGAUUUCUCCCUAGGCAUGUCAGAGAAAACUCAGACUCCCACAGUGGCCCCAGAGAAUGCCACUGAAGGGAUCAUGCUACUUCCCACUAAUACUGCACCAUCCGAGCCCAUGCAGCAGUUCACACUGCCUGCUACUGCUGCUAAAGCAGUUAAAGAACUUACUGUGUCUGUUGGAGAUAAUAUACAAGUGAUAUUACCCAAAAAUGAGGUUGAACUGAAUGCCUUUGCUAUCCCACCACCAUCUACAGAAACAGCCUACACCUAUGAGUGGAGCUUAAUCAGUCAUCCUGCUGAUUAUAGUGGGGAAAUGGAGCACAGGCACAGCCAGACUUUGAAGCUCUCUCAUUUAUCAGUGGGACUUUAUGCCUUCAAAGUGACAGUUUCUGGUGAAAAUGCCUUUGGCGAAGGUUUUGUAAAUGUCACGGUCAAACCAGCAGCCAGAAUUAACCAGCCACCUGUUGCUGUUGCUUCACCCAAAGUGCAAGAAGUUUCUUUGCCUACAACUUCCACUUUCAUCGAUGGCAGUCAAAGCUUAGAUGAUGCGAAGAUAGUGAGUUACCACUGGGAGGAAAUUAAAGGUCCCCUGCGAGAGCAGAAGGCAUCUGCUGACACACCUGUCUUGCACUUGUCUAACCUUGUUCCUGGAAACUACACCUUCAGACUCACAGUGAUUGAUUCAGAUGGAGCAGCCAAUUCCACCAUUGCAUCACUGACUGUUAACAAGCCAGUGGAUUACCCACCUAUUGCUAAUGCAGGACCGAAUCAGGCAGUCACUUUGCCCCAGAACUUCAUCACACUGAAUGGAAACCAGAGCAGUGAUGACCAUGAAAUUGUCAGCUAUGAGUGGUCGCUCAGUCCCAGAAGCAAAGGCAAGGUUGUAGCAAUGCAGGGCGUGCGGACGCCGUACCUGCAGCUCUCUGCAAUGCAGGAAGGAGAUUACACGUUCCAGCUGACUGUGACGGACUCAGCGCGACAGCGCUCCACAGCUGAGGUCACACUGAUCGUGCAGCCUGAAAAUAACAGUCCUCCAGUAGCAGUGGCUGGUCCUGACAAGGAAUUGACCUUCCCAGUAGAAAGUACUACAUUGGACGGAAGCAAAAGCCAAGAUGACCAAGGCAUUGUCUUCUAUCACUGGGAAAAUAUCAGUGGGCCAAGCUCCGUACAGAUGGAAAACGAUGACAAGGCAAUAGCAACUGUGAGUGGUCUCCAGGUUGGUACCUAUCACUUCAGGCUGACUGUGAAAGACCAGCAGGGCUUGAGCAGUGCAUCUGUGCUCUCCAUUACUGUGAAGGAAGAAAACAACAGUCCACCCCGGGCACAUGCUGGUGGGAAGCAUGUUCUAGUCCUUCCAAACAACUCUGUUACCUUGGAUGGCUCAGGGUCUGCUGAUGACCAGGGAAUUGUGUCAUAUUUGUGGAUUCGAGAUGGUCAAAGCCCAGCAGCUGGGGAUGUGAUCCAUGGCUCAGACCACGAGGCAGUACUACAACUAACUAAUCUUGUGGAAGGAACCUAUAUUUUCCACUUGAAAGUGACGGAUACUAAGGGAGACUCAGAUGUUGAUUCAGCAACUGUUGAAGUGCGGCCUGAUCCCAAAAGGAGUGGUCUGGUGGAGCUGAUCCUGCAGGUUGGAGUGGGGCAGCUAAGUGAGCAGCAGAAGGACACUCUGGUGAGACAGUUGGCUGUACUGCUGAAUGUUUUGGAUUCAGAUAUCAAAGUUCAGAAGAUACAAGCCUACUCAGACAUAAGCACCGCAGUUGUGUUCUACGUGCAGAACGGGCAUCCUUCCGCAGUGAUCAAGGCAUCAGAUGUCUCACGGACUCUGCACAUGCAGCUUUUGAAACAGAAGGCUGACUUCCUGCUUUUUAAAGUCCUGCGAGUUGACACAGCUGCCUGUCUUUUGAAAUGUUCUGGACAUGGGCACUGUGACCCCAUAACAAAGCGAUGCAUUUGCUACCAGUUGUGGAUGGAAAACUUGAUUCAUCGUUAUCUAAAUGAUGGAGAGAGUAAUUGUGAGUGGAGUAUACUCUAUGUCACAGUAUCUGUUUUUAUUUUGAUUGUGGUCAUGGUAGGACUUGCCUGGUUCUGCAUCUGCUGCUGUAAAAGCAGGAAGAGGACAAAGAUAAGAAAGAAAACAAAAUAUACCAUCCUAGAUAACAUAGACGAACAGGAGAGAAUGGAACUACGGCCCAAAUAUGGUAUAAAACACAGAAGUACAGAACACAACUCCAGUCUGAUGGUCUCUGAGUCAGAGUUUGACAGUGAUCAGGACACUAUCUUCAGCAGAGAAAAGGUUGAAAGAGAGAAUUCUAGAACGCUUAUAAAUGGAUCCAUCAGAAAUGGAGUUUCCUUCAACUACAACUCCAAAGACAGAUAACUGAAUGAGGGUUAAAGCACAGAACACAUUGGUGUAACACAUCUGAGACAUGUUGGCCCACCUCUGUUUUUUCCAGAACCAAAAUCUUCCUAAAAUACCAACUAAUUGCAGAUUAAAGGGUAAAUUUUUAGCCCAGAUAGGGAAAGGCAGAAGGAGGAAGAAAGGAUCAGAUGGUCAGCUAACUCCUGUUGUCAUCAUUAUAGGAACAAGAAAAAGCACAUCUUAUUUCUUGUAUGUUCUGUGCUGAAUGUUUGAACUUCAGAAGGCCUUUUUUCUAUGUCACUGCUGUGACAGAACAGCCAGAGCUGUUCUGCUACAAACUAUGGUAACUAAAAAUGGCAUACAGAUUCAUAUGUGCUCCUGAUGCUCUGAGAAGUGGUGUUGUUUGCAACAGCAAAAACCAAUAUAAAUGAAGUUUCUUACAACUAUAGAGAGCAAUAUGUGGCCACAGGCUCCAUCUUAAUUUUCAGUUUAAGAUGGAAGCACUAAGAGCAUUUUUAGUGCAUUGUCUUUAUUCAGCUGUACUUUGUGACUUCCUUUUCUAGGGUAGUGUUUAUUGGGUGAAAACAUUCUUGUUUUCAGAGAAAGUUAACAACUAGAGCAGUUGCAGUGGAUCAAUGGUAAUAUAACAUGGUAUAUGUGUCCUGUUAAUGCAACAUUCCCUGUAUUCACAUAGGUGUGGUGUCUGCAGGGAAAUCCAGCCUUAGGUUGUUUCUGUAAUGAUAAAGUUGCUUUGGCUCUGCCAUGUCCAUCGGGAAACUGUAGCAGGAAGGACUUGGUGUGAUGCGCCUUGAGAAGCAUUUUGAGCAACCCAAACAACCUUUUUAGAUCAUGUUGAGGAGCUCUGGACCUUUUAAGACUGAAUGCUCAGCUGAGGUGAGUUUUCAUCUGUCAGCAUCAAGUGCUCAAUUCAAAAUGUGCUGGGCACGUGUGCAAAGAAGUGUUUGUGGCAAAUUGUCAUGGUAGUCAGUACUGAGCAAUAUUUUAGCUUGAACAUGAGAUUGACUUUUUUCCUCUCUGGCUAUUGAGUGACUGGAUGUGUUGGCCUAAAGAAAUCCUUUUAGGUCUUUGGCAGGGGUAGGUGUAUUGGAGUUCUGACAUUCUUGUUCACAAUUUGGGUAAUUUCUUUACAGUCUGCUUGUUGGGCUUUGAAAUCAUGGCUCCAGUACUGCUUUUGAAAUCCCUAACUGAAGACCUGACUUUUAUACACAGGCCUUACUUGUCAGGGCAUCUUUAUCAGUGGUACCAUUUAGCCAAGACAUCAGCUUUUCCUGGGGGUCCUCUACUGAUAUAUUGAAGUCUAGGGCUGAGAUGGAGGAAUGAUGUGUUUUGAUGGAGAAAACAUUCCUCUGGGAGCAUUUUUGAAGAGCUUUUAAAAAAAUGUUUUGGGAUUUUGUUUUGUUGGGGGUUUUUGGUUGUGGGGUUUUUUUGUUUUGUUUUGGUUGGUGGUUUUUUUUGGGUUUUUUUUGUUUUUUAAUGCAGUGGUAGAGAAUUUUAGGGCUUUCUCUAUCCUUUAUUAGUGGUCUGACACAAGAGUAGCUGGGUUGAAUACUGUGGCUUCUAUGCUUCUCUUCUUGGUGGACUUGGGAAACAGUCAGAACUAUCUAGGCUGGAAGAAAUCAGUUGUCAAAAGUUGCAGCAACAUAGCAUGCUCAUAACUUGUUUCAUACUUUUGAUUCUCAAGUGCAGUCAACAACCCGUAAGGCUACUAAUUCAGCACGGAGGAAUAUUUACCCUGUGUCCAGCCCUGCAUUUUUCUAGAGAUCUUUGUGUGGCUGCAGGAAUCAUUGUGGUGGGAGAUGCUGUGAAGACCUAAAAAGGGCUAACAGAGGUGUUGUCUAUGUUUUUGACAUAUGCACCAGCAAAAUGCAGUAUGAAUGGUAUGAUUUCCUUUCUUCAGUAACCAAGUUUCAACUCUGUGUAUGGAGAGUUUAGGCUAUUUCUCGAAACAAAUCUACUUUAUCACACACUCCCUCUUCUUGAGAGUGUUCAUGUGUAUGUAUAUAUAUAUAUACAGACAUAUAUAUAUUUAAAUAACUUGGUCAAAAAAAGCAAGGUCAGCUUCUGAUGUCUUUCAGUUCCUGCUCCAGGUGUGUGAACAUAAUAAAAGCAGUGUUCACUUUAAAGCAUUCCUGAAAAAAAGUUAAAGCCCACUCAAAAUAAUAAUUUAUUUCUUUCCUUUGAAAUCUAAAUGUUGGGCUUAAUCCAUUAUGAACAACUACACAGAAUGUUUUAGUAGGAUUUAUUCUCUUGAAAAUAUGUAUUUUUAAACAAGUAAAUAAGUUGCUUAAAUAAUUUCAAGUUUGUAAGUGCCAUGCUGCCAUUGAUGCUUCUGCUAAAAACUGUCUCCAGUGUGCCUUUAUCUAUAAGCUUACCUUCUAGGACAUGUCAGUGUAGUCAGCAGUAUCUGUCAGUUUUGUGAAAUUAGUGACUUAGGUCUUUUGGAUUUAUUUUAUGUUUUAAAGCCAGUGCUAAAACCUAGGGUGUUCUUCUUUGAAGGUAUUGAAAUAUCUUUUUUAAAACAAACAAACAAACCCCACCAAAAUGAAAAACUGUUUCUCCAGUAAAACAACUCCAGGAAUCAUAAACCAGCAUUCCUUAAUGCUGCAGAAUUUCCAGGACUAUUCCCCUGCCCACAGAUGCACACUGGUGGGCCCAGAUUUUUGGAUCUCUGCUAAAUUCAUGGGCCAUGAUAACGUAAGCAUGAUUUACUAGGUGUUCCUCACGCUAACAAAUAAAUAUUUGACCGAUUUCUCACUGUAUAAGGCCCUAGCAAGUUGAAGUUUGGUUGAAUCAGUAAAUUCAGUUCUCUAGAUGAUACUUUGACAUCUUUGUUGCUAAUAGUAUUCAAGCUAUGUUUUCAAAUUUGAAUAUCAUUCAAAUUUUUCAGCUGCUUCUGAUUCUACUAGUUUGGUUAUUCCAGCUGCUUGGAAAGAGAAGUUACUUGUCUUACCAUAAAAGCAGGCUUGCUUUUAAUAUAUGCCACUUGCACAGAAGCUGGCUCUGUGUAUUUGUGGUAUCACGUUUGUGUCACUUGGCCAAACACAUGUAUGUCAGGAAUUUAGGAGAGACUAUAGCAAGCCUUCUAUCUUGAUUCAGUAUAAUUGUUACUUCUAGAACUACUGCUUUCUUUCAGAAUGUCAGCUCAUACCAUGAAUGAAAGGGUCAGAAAACUGUCUGUAAUGGGGCAAACACAAUGGCAGAAUUUGGAUUCUAACUGUUUGAUUUGGGUUAUUAUAGGUUCCAAGUGGGUUCUCAGUCCUCACGUUUACUUCUGCAGACUGUUUUCCUUCACAUACAGAAAGAGUACUGGUAGCUGAUUGGUAAAAUAGGGAUGGGGCUAUUCCCAAAAGACCAUCUGCACUGAAAAGCAGAGAAGACCAGAUAGAGCUUGUCCUGUGUGGCUCAGAGUCUACUGAAAAUAAAGAAUAAUUCAGUUUGACUGAAUUAUUUGACUGACUAAGAUUAUUUGACUGACUAAGAUACUGCCUCUUGUUGAAGGCAGAGGGUGUGGUGAUACUUGCAAUGCCUUGUUGCCUUGAAGUGUAAGCACUGGAUUUUCAUUUGCAUCUUGGUUUUACAUGUACAAGCAGGGACUGUCCAGCUACAUAAAAGGACUGACUUUGUUUGCAUUUUAAGUAAGGAGUGUAUUUUGGAAAAAAACUACCUAAGCAUUAAACAGGUUCAGUACCCAAUUGUAGUAUUCAAUGCAGUACAUACACAACAUGAAAUUUUCAUGCCUGCAAACCAAAAUCGUACUGCAGUAUGAAACAAAGUUUACCUUGGCAAAUCUAUUGAGAUCCACAUGUAAAUUCUCUGUCCUAUGGUCCAACCUGUCAUACUAAGUAGAGAAAACAAAGCAAAAUGCAAAAUGUCUAAUUACAGAUAAUUGUUUAUUUGCAUAGGAGAAAAAAGGUUGUUCUUGUUUUGUGUGUAAGAAUAGAUCAUCAACUCUGUCCUUUUAGUAAACAGUCUUACUGUCAGGUGCAUCAGAUAAAAGUACUGUUCAAGCCUCUGUUUUGUGCUGUCAGCUGUUUGCUUAUAUGAUGUCAGUUCUCCUUUACUUGGUCUCCUGUGGACAAACAGAAGUGCACACAUGCAAGGAACUAAACAGUGAGAGAGUGAUUGCAUGUGUGUGUUCUCUGUGCUGGUGCAAACUCUCCUCAGAUGGUCUGAUGUUUUUGAAAUAGAGUUCCUAGGCAAAUGUUCUAUUCCUGCCUUUAACCUCAAGUGAAACUACUAUUGCCCCCAGUAUACUGGUAAUGUGCAGUAGUCAGGUGGAGCUUCAGGAUGGCAGUAAUAAAAUUACAGUAAGUGUAGUCUUCUGACAUUUAGGUGAGGUUUGAGAGAGGAAAACAUUCCUCCACGAGAAGGGAAACAGGAUAGAGGUGGAUUAGUUUCUUAAUGUCAGUUGUUGUUAUCAGGGAUCUCUAACUUGAAUACUUAGCUGUACUUCUGCAGCGAAGAAAAAACCUUUUCAUGUACCUUUUAUAUACUUAACUCCCCAAGGCAAAGGAGGGAAAUACAAAGUUUAGAAAUAAAAUUUUAAGAGGGAGGCAACAAAGACAAAUGAUUUUUGCACAGGCUAUGAAUCAGAUGCAGAUGAGCUGCACAUUUGUAUUUUGUCUGUGUAUGAAAGCACUUCUCUCUGUGGGUGGAUGGGUGAGCUAUUACAGAAUUUAUAUUAGGAAUCUGUUUCUAGAAAAUAUUAUUUAUUGCAAAUGCUAUUGCAUUGUAACUGGAACCAUUUCUGAGCUGAAAUUACUAUUUAUGUAACUAUUAAUAAAGUUUUGUCUUUCCUUUUAGAAA